CGCGUUCCGUACAAAGGCGUACGAAACACCGGCAGCACCUUAAGCCGGGUUCUUUCUGCAGAACUACACUUCCCAGGAGGCAAAAGAGCCUUGCGCAUGCGCGUUUCCCGUCUCCAGCAUGGCUACGGUGCUGUCACGGGCGCUGAAGCUGCCAGGCAAAAAGAGCCCAGACCUUGGGGAAUACGACCCUCUCACUCAAGCUGAUAGUGAUGAGAGUGAAGAUGACUUGGUGCUCAACUUGCAGAAGAAUGGUGGAGUCAAAAAUGGAAAGAGUCCUCUGGGGGAGGUGCAGGAUGUGGACUCAGACAUGGAGGUUGGGAUGACAAAGCAGCACCUAUCAGAGGGAAUGGCAGAAGAAUAUCCCAGCGAGGCCACUAGUAUCCUGGAGCAGAAGACAGCCAACUCCAUGAUGCCUUACUUGCGCACGGCUAUCUUCUUGCUCACUGUGGUGGUCUCCAUGAUCCUCGUGCUGGUGUGUGCUUUCCUUAUUCCUUGCCCUCCAAGAGAUUUGCACAAUACCUGGAUCUGCAACUUGGGCCAGGAGGCAGGUGGAGUGCUGUUUCCACCAGAACUUUUUGAUGUAAAUGGUGAUGGCCUUCCUGACAUCCUGCUCUCCUUCACAGCUCUGAAAAAUGCUAGCGUGUUGGGUGUCUCUAAACCGUGGGUAACUGUGAUGGCGCUGUCAGGAAUGAAUGGCAGUACCUUGUGGUCGAGGCAUGUUAAAGAGGAGAUUCGGAGUGUGCAGUGCAAGGGCUUGAGCCUUGGGUCCUCAGCAGAACCCGUUUGUCUCAUUACUGGGACUUCUAAAUUCCUCAGCCUUCUGAGUGCCUCCUCAGGAGAACCCAUCUGGACGCUUGACUCAUCCCAUCUGCCCAGUGGAACCUUGGCUGCUCCAGCUGUAACUGUACCAGACGUGGACGGAGACAGGGUCAGUGAUUUGGUGGUUCUGGCCAUUGGAGAAACACAGCCUGACUUAUGUUUCAUCCUGGUAUCGGGUAAAACUGGAAGCCCUGUGGGAGGACCUGUGAAGUACAGUAUCAAUGGAAAUGGAAAACUGAUUGGACCUCAGGCUCACAUCACCAGCCAUGGAGCAAUCUACAUCUUGUUUGGCUUUGGUAACGUCCAAGCAGUCUCCCUGCAUGAUAUCUUUGCUCAAGCCAGAAACCGGGACAGCUUCCCACCAGUGCUGCAGCGAGAAGAGCCAGAGUGGGAGAAGCACAGAUCUGUCAAUUUGUCAGAGCUUAUUGACAUUUACAGUGGUGGUGUUGAGUUCCUGCAGGCCGUAAAGUCUCCAGAUGGCAACUGCAGUGACCUUCUUGUCACUACUGAGCAUGGUUUGACUUUGCUGCGGGGGCAGGACUUGGAGCCACGCUGGGAUCUGAAGCAGCAAUAUAUCGACAGUCAGCCUUCCCCAGGGUACUUCAGUGAUGAUCAAACCCUGGAUUUUCUGGUCCAGGUACAGAAUGGAAUGAACAUCUCAAAAAAGUUGCUGGUGGUAGAUGGUAAAUUGGGCCUCCCAAUCUGGAGCUAUGAGCUGCCAUGUCACAUGAAAAAAACAGAUGCACUCUCGGUGAUGACUUUAGACAAAAAGUCUGUCUUUCUUUUCUGGGCUAAUGAGAAGCAGUCUUUCUUUAAAAGCUUGGAACCCAGCCCAAGAGUUCACCAUCUUUAUCUCCUUCAUCCUAAUUUCCCUACAGUCCUCUUGGACCUGAGCAAUACCACAGGCACGGUGACUGCUUCAUCCAUUGGAAUCAAUGUUCUUCAAAAAGAUGCAUUUUAUAUCACCGUGACAACAAGCCCCACCUCUGGACACCAGCCAGGGUUUUUGUCGGUCAGCAAACUCCGCCUGAGGUGGGCCCUGAUGGCUCAGAGCCGAGAAGUACCCUUGAAGGAGACUGAUCCCAAAAUCAGCCGUGGCGAAUUGAAACGAUUUCUCUCCAGGAUCAAAUUUACUGAUUUUGCUCACAAGUUCUAGCCAUUUCACUCCUCAGGUUUUUGAGCAAUAGGGAAAAAAGGUGGUCCUCAAUAUCAGCAGACCAAGGUGGUCAGCCAGAUUUCGUGAUGCAUUCAGUGAAUGAAGAAAGGGGACUGAAAGGCCAGCUGCCACUCAUCUUUGUGAAUGGCUAUGUAGUGCUGGGGAGGCUGGACCAGCGACACUCCAGCAUCUUGACUCAAUGGAAUGCUGCUUGACCUGUUCAUUGCUGCUCCCUGUCUGCAUACUUCCUUCUGGGUAGAUUGAACAUACACAUUUAGGCAGAGACACGACUGUGUGUGUGUAUUUAUAUAUAUCUGUAUAUAUGUAUAAGACUUGCUGGGAUUUCCUCUUUUUUUUCCCUCUCGACAAAAUGGCACUUUUUACACCUGCUGCUUUGAUUUGUUUUCUUGCCACAGUGUCCCCAUUGCUCUGUGUACAUAGCCAUUUUGAACAAGUCGUAGAAUCACAGAGUUGGACAUCUAUGAUUCGUCUUGUUCAACCCCCCCCGCCUCUCUAUGCAGGAAACCCCAGAUCUAGAGCAUCCCCAAGAGAUGGCUGUCCAUCCUCUUCUUGAGGACUUCCAGUGAGGGAGAACCCACCUAGGUCUGUUGUCAAACUGUCCUUGCCAUCAAGAAGUUUCUCUUAAUGUUCAACUGAAAUCUCCCCACUUUUUAAUCCAGUCCUGCUCUCCAGGGCACUAGAGAAGAAGUCUUUGCCCUCUUCUACAUAGCAGCACUUCAAGUAUUUGAAAUGUGCUAUCAAGUCCCCUGCCCCUCCCACACCAGCAAACUUCUCUUCCCCAGCUAAGGCCAAUGUUUAACUUCUGUCAGCCAUAUAUUAAAUAACAAAGUAACACAGUAAUUAUUAGCAGAAACGACAGCUACUGUCACCCAUGGAAGAUUGGAUCAGUGAAAAAUAGCAUUAUAUAUUCCGUUAUCAGAAAUAUUACACCAUCAUCUUCUUGAAAAGGAGCUUCCCCUAUCACCAAUCAUCUAAUUCUGUAUGUCCAAAAAUGUGACCUCCACACACUGGCCCCAUCUGUACUAUACAUAUAAAGCACUAUGAUAUCACUUUAAACAGUCAUGGCUUCCCCCAAAGAAUUCUGGGAACUGUAAUUUGUAUAGUGCAGAUGGGGCCUUUCUGUUUGAAGAGUGUGUGUUUCUCUCAUACACACACAUGCACACCCUGGCAAAGGACACCUUGGGUGCUCUUUCCUUACUGCCAGUGAUAUUUGGUGAUGUUAAUAGGGAAGCAGACUUUGUACACAUGAUUGCUUUAAGAAAUAAUUGGAAGUGAUAUUGUAGAGCAGUUGUUUCUCAUAGUACAUAUGUUGCUUUUUGUGACCCACCAUCUUUGAUUAAACUAGCAAGGUUUUGUAGCACUUCAAGGUGGGCUCCAGAAAAUCAGUCCUGUGCCUGCUACUGGGAGUAAGCCCCAUUGAACUCAAUGGGACUUACUUUUGAGUAGACAUGUCCAGAGUGAUGCUGUAGAUAAACCAAAGCUAGCUUCCAGAAGUGUGACCGGUACUGAUGAAAAAAUGAAUACUUUUUUGUAUGACUGUUAUGGAUACUAUUGGAUGCUGGCCAAUAAUGUAUAAUAAAUCUCCUCUUCAUGCCCCAAACAGUGUGUUGACUCCCGUGUGUGUGUGUGUGUGUGUGUGUGUAAAAGGAUGUGUGCUUAUCCACAUGAGAAUCAAGUCCUU